AUGUCCACCGAAACUACUCAAGCCUUCAAAGACGCCUCCGAGCGUCAAAUCACCGACCAUUCGAUCGAUCGAGCCUCCCGAACCGUGACCUUCACCAUCAAGUACCGCUCCACCAUCUCUGAUUUCGUCACUGCUACACUUGCCGAAAUCACCGUGCAAGAAAUCGACGAACCCCUCGUUCUCAAGUACUGGACCGAAGCAGGCGGACGUGCCAAUACCGGUUUUGGCAAGGAUUAUGUCUUUAAGAUCCUGGAAGAGACCAAGGGAUACUGGGCUGUCCAGUGGGUUGGGUACUCGGCUGAGGAGGACCUGACCAUUGAGGAUAAGCAUGUCGUUGCCCGCAAGUGUCCCCAGGCUAUCGUCAAAUGGCGCAAGAGUUUGAGCCGUGAGCAUUUGAUCAUGGUUCAGCAUUUCAGUGUUGGGAUUGAUGUUCUCCGGGGUAUUCCAGCUUGGUAUUCCGAUUUGCCCGAGGUUGACAUCGAUGAGCUUGAUGAUGAGGAAAAGGAUAGACUGGGGAUCUUUUGA